CGGGAUACGGACAGUUAUACUUGAACAAGCUGCGUACAGGAAGUAAAUAGCAUUUGGCUUAGACAGUAGUUUGACCACUCUCAGAGGUGACGAAGGCUUCAGGUGCCUUGCUAGCACUAAUGUGUGGAGGAACGAGCUGACGCCUGUGCUCUGAGCUCUAUGGAUCCUGAUUUGGUGUGGAGCCUGAUGAAGUGCUGCUGUCCUUGUGUCGGAGCACUGGCGAGUCAGGACUGGAGUAAGGGUGAUGAAAGGCUGCUGCAGGCCGUGGAGCAGGACGAGCCUGAGAAGGUGGCUGCUCUGCUGUUGAAGAAAGGACUCUGUCCAUCCAAACUGGACACAGAGGGCAAGUCUGCCUUCCAUCUGUGUGCAUCACGAGGCCGCGUGGACUGUCUGGAGGUCAUCAUUUCUCAUGGUGUGGACAUUAACAUCAUGGAUGGUACAGGUUUCAAUGCCCUUCACCUUUCUGCCAAGAAUGGACACCCAGAAUGUCUGAAGAGACUUUUACAAGAGAGGAUGCUUGUGGACUCAACAGAUAGUUAUGGGCGGACCUCCUUACACCAUGCUGCUGUGAGUGGAUGCUUAUCCUGCACUGAGAUCUUAUGGGACUUUAAAGCCAACCUUGAUGUUCAAGAUGGAGAUGGGGUGACUCCACUGAUCCUCGGGGCCCAGAUGAGCAGGGUUGAGUUGUGUUCCUUCUUACUGGACAGAGGUGCCAAUCCUAACAAACAGGACAACCAGGGCAGAUCAGCUCUGAUGCUGGCCUGCGAGAGUGACAGCCUGGAGACGGUAGAAGUGUUGCUGAAGGGCGGAGCCAACCCGCAACUCACAGACGCCCUGGGCCACAAUGCCAUGCACUAUAGCGUCACUGCCGGCAACCGACGCAUUUCCCAGCUGUUACAGCCUGGAGGAGGGGAUGCAGCCGCUGAGGGAGCAAGUGAUGAGCAACCCCCCGCUCCCCCACCCCUGCCAGGCGGGAGCACGCCCCGCAAGAGGAAAGCCCCCCCUCCUCCAAAGUCCCCCAGACAGGGCGCACCCCCUUCUCCAGGCCCACCUCCUCCCGAACCCACCCAGUCUCCAGCUGCAGAGACCUCUGCCCCUCCAUCCCCAGCCCCCAGGACUCAGCAUUCAUCUGCAGACAACCUUGUGGAGGAUGAGGAGGUGUUUGAGGAGAUUCGAAGGCUUCGGUUGGAGAGAGGGCGUUUACUGCAGAAGAUCAAGGCUCUGGAGCAGCAACAGAACAGCGCUGCCGCUGCACUGGAGGAGCUGAGCUCACUGAGGGAACGUUUGAGAGACGCAGAGGCAGAGCGUGAUCACCUGCAGAUGGCGCUGGAGGAGUUGAGGGGAGCUCAGCUGAGUGGAGGCUGUGACUCAGAGGACACUGACGAUCCAGAUGAAAUGCUGGACUUCCCAGGAGCUGAGAGGUUGUUGUCCAAACGGUCUCGAUGCACGGAGGCCGAGGCAUCGUCUGCUCAGGCAGAACCGGGCUGUCCUGCCCCCUCAGACAGCCUGGAGCAGCUAUGUGCGCAGGUGGAAGAGCUGACUGCACAGAACGCUGACCUGCUUCUCAAAGUGCAGAUGUUGGAGAUGUUCGAGAAGGACGACACGGAUAUACAGAGUUCCGGCCCAGACUUUGUGCCGGUGGCUCAGUAUGACUCCCUGAGGAGGGAGUUUGAGGAGCUGCAGGAGAAAUACUCCAGAGCACAGGCUGCUGCCGAGGGCUCCAGCAUUGCAGAGGAGGAAACUGGGUCUGAAGAGAAGCCUGAAGAAGAGGCUCCAGGCACAGAAGGACAGGAUAAAGAGGAGAAAGUCAAAAGCCUAGAGGAGCAGCUGGCCCAUGCCCAGGCUGAGCUGGAGGAGUUGAGGGAACAGGUGCGGCUGGGGGUUUACUCAGUGGAGGCAGCAGAGUUAACAACAGGCAUCCAUUCUGAGGCUCAGAAGGGCAGGGCAGACUCGGAUACCCUGCAGCUGACAAAGAGGGUGCAGGAGCUGGAGGCGGAGCUGGCCAGCAGAAAGGCAGAGCCCAACAAGGGCGACGCUGACACGAUCCAGCAGCUGAAGCAGAGGGUGGAGGAGCUGGAGGCGUCUCUGCAGGAGAAGGAGAAAGAGCGAGAGAACAGUGAGAUAGUACAGAGGCUGAAAAAACGAGUAAGUGAGCUGGAGGCAGCUCUGGAGCAGAGCACGGGGGCGGGGUCAGAGGAGGCCGAAAGACUGCUAGUGAACUCUUUGCGGACGCGGGUGGCCGAGCUGGAGGCUGAGCUGAGGGAGAGUGUUCCCCAGGAGCAGCUGGACGAGGUGCGGGUCACCCUGGGCCUCCAGCUAGAGCAGCUGGCCCACGAGAGGGCAGAGGCAGCCUCACGACUCAACCAGGCCCUGCUGGAGCUGGAGAGAGUCCGUCCUCCACCACACAAUGAUGAAGAUGAGGAGGAUGAAGAAGAUGAUGAAGAGGACCGGUCUGAGGGUUCUGAGCAAUCCAUUGUGUCGGACCGCUCACUAAGGCUGUUGCCGGCCAGCCGGAGUUUGGCGGCAGUGCAGGAAGAGCUGGAGGUGGCGAGGCAGGAGGCAGCACAGGCUCUGGACUGUCUGGUUGCUGAGAGGGAGGGCCGUGUUCAGGACGCUCUGCAGCUGAGGGACGCCGUACCACUGGCCAAGCACCAGGAGGUCCUGUCCGCUGUAGCCCAGCAGCUGGGGCAGACAGAAAAGGAGCUGCAGACUGAGAGGGCACUUCGUGAGCAUGCCCAAGCUGAAGUGACCAGGCUGGAGAAUAAGCUGCAGGCUGCACAGCAGGGCAUGGUCAGCAAAGAGGAACAUGAAAAAAUCAAGGAGGAGCUGCAGCAGCGUCUAGAAGAAAGCCGAAGUGCUGCAGAGGCAGCACAGGAUGCUCUGAGUGAAAAAGAGACGGAGCUGAAGGAGCUGCGCUCACAGAAAGCUUUAGAGCAGGGCCUGGUGUCUAAAGAGGACCACGAGGCCCAGCGUCUCUCUCUACAGGCCGAGAUCAACACCUUGACUGCCCACCUGGCUGACCUCACCCGCAAGCAUGAGAAGACCUGCACUGAGGUGUUCCAGGUGCAGAGGGAGGCUCUGUUCAAUAAGAGCGAGCGCCAGGUGGCUGAGGCACAGCUGCAGACAGUCCAGCAGCAGUUGGCUGACCUGCAAGCCCAGUCCACCCAUAUCCAGCAGCUGCACCAGGACAUCCAGCACUCACAGGGUUUAAUCAAGGAGAAGGACCGCAAGAUCACAGAGCUGUCGAAAGAGGUGUUCCGUCUGAAAGAGGCUCUGGGCGCUCUGACUCCUCCUCUUGGUUUGACAACACCUUCCACACCUUCUUCUGGGAUACCAGGACAGCAGCUGGCACUCCAGAACCGAGUAUCUGCACUGACACAGCAACUCCAGGACUGGGAGCGCAAGCACAAAGCAGUGGUUGCCAUAUAUCGCUCUCACCUCCUCGCUGCAGUACAGGGUCGAAUGGAUGAGGAGGUGCAGGCUCUUUUACUCCAGAUCCUCCGAAUGUCCCAAAAGGACACAAGCCAUUAAAACACACCUCACUGUUCUUAAACUAACAGCAAUAUACAGCUCAUGCAGGAUCGAAUGAAUGCUGUGCUUGAGUUUAGGCAGAUGUACCCCUGAACCGGCUGGACUGACACUAUGCAAAGCCUUGCAGGGCAGAUGACUGUUAGCGCUAUGUCUGGGAGUAAAUUGUGAAUUGCUAAGCUGGAUGUGAGCAGAUAUCGUUUUGGAAUAUGACAGAGAUGAAUAUGUUUGACAUUAUCUGUGAUGCUUUAUUAGCUAAUUCCUAUCCUACUAGAGGGUGAUGACCAAUAAUUUUAUACAACAUUUCAAUAAACACUAAGAAAUACA